AUGCCUACAAAUAUGAAGAAGGAUGAUGAAGAUGAAGAAGGCCAGUUGAUCGAUCGAGUGUUCCUCAGCCUAACUGGCGGCUGUUUUUGUGCUGCCGAAGGUGACAGGCGCGACUACUAUCCGGUGCAAAUCAGGGAGGCAGAUGGCCGCAAAGAGCGCAUGGACGAAGCCAAAGCCGCGGAGUUGAAAGCGUCGGAACUUGCGUCGGAACUUGCCUGGGCAAGGACCUGUCAAAGAUGGGAAGUGGCAAAGUCCAAACUGGCACUAUCGGAGGCGUACUGUGAGGGAUUGAACAGGUUCGUCUCGCGCGCUCAGGGCCCGGAGGUUGCGUCUCUAGCCCUAUAUACAUACGGUGUCCUUCAAAUCCUCAGGGGUAUGGUGCAAACUUUGAGCUCCGUGCAAGGUCGAGCAGACUUUACGACCAACUACAACUUUAUCCGCAACUCACAGGAAAUCAUAAGCAAUACACGCCGUAACAACGACCAGUUUGUAGCUGAGUGUUGUGACUACAGCUAUUGGAAGCUUGGGGCCUUGCUUCUGGAGGCGGAGAUGGCUCUCGAGGCUGUCUGGACAGACUGGAGCCUUUGCAUCCCAACAACUGGUCGUUCUAGCACGUAA